CACAUGGUUGCAAUUGCACCAUACCUUUUCCUUUACCUUAAUAUGGAACAUGGUUUGUGAAAUUGGAGCAUCUUUUCUUUCUCGAAAUCUAGCGGCGUCUCUGGUAAGGUUUGUUUCUUGCAAGAAAAUUAGGGUUCAAAGUUGAACUUUCUGCUACUCAGUUCAAUUCAGUCAGAAAUUUAAAGGUGUGCAAUUAUGUUACUGGAUCUGCAUGCUUUUCCUCUCCAAGCGGUCAAGAAUCAAGCUCAGGUUCUCCACAAGGAAAUCCAAAUUCCAAUCCUCAAUUGAUGACACAGUAAUGACAAGAGACCUAAGAUGAUCAAAAAUCCUAGAAAUAAAGAAUUCCCAACAAAGCAGGAAGGCAACACCAUUGAAAACAAGAUGAUCAAAGCAUCAUCUAGUUCAAGAACAUGGUCAGGGCUAAUGGAUCCAAGAAUUGUACGUGUUUCCCGUUCCUUUGGAGGAAAAGAUAGGCAUAGCAAAGUAUCCACCAUAAGGGGAUUGAGAGACAGGCGUGUUAGGCUUUCGGUGCCAACUGCUAUUCAGCUUUAUGAUCUCCAAGAUAUGCUUGGGCUUAAUCAACCUAGCAAGGUUGUGGAUUGGUUGCUCAAUGCUGCUAAACAUGAAAUUGAUGAACUACCUCCACUCCAAAUGCCAUCCGGAAACUUUGGUCAAUACCAACAACAAUUGAAGGUAGUUUCUGAAGAAAUUGAUGCAACACAAUCUUCCCUUGUUUCCCUUGUUGACGCAAAUACCGAUUAUGCAAAGGACGACGAGGGUCAUCAGUCUUCAUUAUCUAGCAAGGGAGGGAUAAAGUUCAAAGAUGAUGUUGCUGUGGAAUAUAAAACUUCAUUAUCCAAGUCGGCAUGUUGGACUAAUAGAAGGAAGAGUAAAGAAGUUGCAAGAGAAACAAUUUCUGAGAAAAGUAAUAAGAUGAAGAGAAAUGAGCAGAAUAACCAAGUGGUUAUUGAUGGUCCAAGAGUCAAUUCCUCUUCUGCUUCAUGCUUUGUUAAUAAUGCCAUGCCAUACAAUUCCUACUAUCACUGGGAGCCUUCAAAUUUGUCUUUAGGUUAUUCACCUCAAACUGAAAAUCCUGAUAACUUCAAUGCUGUGUCAUUGCCCUCUACAUUGUCUCUAUCAUCAGGAUCUCAGAUAUUGGUACAUCCACCGAUACCAACACCAUCUAUGAUUCCUCCUUAUGUUAUUGCUCCAGUGGAUAGUGAUCCGAGACAAGUCAGUCACAUUCAGAUGUUGAGCUCAGCUUCACAAGGUCUCCUACCAAACUCUCUCACACCAUCUAUUUACUCAAUAAAUCCAACCAUGAGACCCUUCUUUAGUACACCUCCUAUGGUUGUUCUUUCUCAGAACAAUAAUGAAUGUCAACCAAAUAAGGACAGCUGUGGCCCUUCAGGAACCCACACAGCAAGUUUUUUCUCAAAAAAGUUAGAUAUCAAAGAAAACUGAGUUUUCAGAUUGAAGGGCGUUUCUAAACCUUUGUAUGUUAUUUACUUUGACUGUAUGAAGAUGUCAGAAAUGGAUUAUUCUGAUAUUUGGAUAAAACAAUACUACAAGAGUUUGUACAAAAGCAUAUAUAUAUUUGAUUAUACAGCACUGAUGAUUGUAAAUUAUUCUCUUGGUUAUAAUGUAUUUCCUUUGUCGAAUGUA